AUGGCUACGCACAGGGUGGAAGUGUUUCAGGCUAAAGCAAAUGAUGACCAGAUGAAUCUUAACCUGGAUUUAGUAGAUGAACGACGGGACCAUGCUCAGCUGAGCAAUGCCUCAUACCAACAACGUGUAGCUCGCUACUACAACUCCUGUGUCAAACACCGAGCUUUCCAGGUUGGUGACCUGGUACUCCGCAAGGUCAUGCUUGCUACUCGCAAACCUUCAGAUGGAAGCUUGGGACCGACCUGGGAAGGGCCUUACCGUGUCAUUAAAGUUGUACGCCUGGGCACCUAUCGACUAAGGGAUCUCAAGGGAACAAAUCUGCCUCAUCCUUGGAAUGCUGAGCAUUUAAGGAAGUAUUACCAAUGA